AAGCUCUCCCAGAAUGCUCAGAGGAGAGCUGAGUCGGAUCGUGUUACAGCACAACACAGUCUGAAUGCACCAGUCAUUAACACCUGACUGGCAUGCAAGUCCUCCCUCCUAUCCUCCUAUCCCUCACCGUCUUUAAUAUGCUCUUACAGGCUGGAAGUAGACUGUGAAGAGACAUGGCACUGGUUCCAGAGUGAGUCUGCUGACACUGGAUCUGAGCCGGCGACAGAACUGUCUGGUUUCAGAAAUGUCUACGUCUCAGCCACGCAUGCUCGUCCACAUCGGGGAUGGAAGAACUUUUUCAAGGGCAAGGUUCCUGUCUUUACUAAACACUUACAACUGCUUUCUGAAGGACAAGACACAACUGCAGCUCACUGUCAUCGAGAACCCUGCUGGUCAGGUGGCCCUUGAGGGAUUACUUGUCAUUUCUUGGGGCAUGAAGAGACCAAUCCGCCUCAAAAUCCAGGAUGAGAAACAGAUGGUUGCAUUGGAUCGCUCCAAGUCUCAGGAACAUUCUCCAGACCCCAUCAGCCCACUUGGAAAUAAGAGGGGAAUGACCCGAUGGGGAGAAUUUGACAAUCUCAAUCACAUUGAUGAACUUGAAGAAAGUGCUCAAGAUGGUUCAGAGACAGUCGACAAUGCUGGAGACUACAGGCAAUAUGAGAGCCAGACGCUGAGGUUGGCACGACACGAACCCGUGGCAGAGAGCUCCGUCCUGUUCCGCAGCAGGAGUGACGCCUCUCUGGUGAAGAAGAGAGUGAAGACCAAAGGGGCUGAAGAGAGACAGAGUAACAGAAAACAUCGCUUCUCAAUUAAUGGCCAUUUCUAUAACUAUAAGACAUCGAUAUUUACGCCAUCCUAUGGGACGACCACAAACGUCCGCAUAACCAGCACAAUGGGGACGCAGGAGGUCAUCUGGCGGCUCCUAAAUAAAUUUAAGAUAGAAAAUGAUCCCAGUGAAUUUGCCUUGUAUUGCAUUCAUCAAAGUGGAGAAAGGAAAAAGCUGGGCAGCUCAGACCUUCCACUUUGGGAGCGUUUUCUUCAAGGGCCAUCUGAGGACAUCAUGAGAGUCUUCCUCAUGGACACUGAUGAACAGGAAGUUAGCAUGGACGUAGCACAGUAUGUGAAUUUAGAGCUGCCCAUUCUCCACCGGGUUCUACGGAAGCUACACGAGGAGGAGAGCAAAGAGGUACAGCGUGUCGUCAACAAGUACAGGCACGAGCACAGUCUCCUAACACAAUGCCUGAACUCAAAGUUGACACCAAAGACAGAGACGACCGUGUGAAAGAAAAAAUCCUGGAAGACUAAAAGACUGGAAGUGUUUCUUUUUUUCCCCCCGUUCAGUUCCAUAAGCGGAUUUAUAGACGUUCAGGUUUUGAAGUUUUAUUCUAAAAUGUAAUAUAAACUGUUCAACUCUAUGGAACUGUCCUGUAUGUUGUAAUAAUGUAUCAGUCUUACUGGAAUUUUCAAUUCUGCUGGUUCAAUUACAAAUAUUAUUAAUAGACAUUAGUCUAAAUGAGCGCUAACCAGGGAAAAUAGGAGGGGGGGGGGGAGCGUCAGAGGCAACUGGAAAAAUAGUGUCCUGUCUGGUAAUGAGUAAUGAGGCUCCAACUGGUGUGUUACCGCAGGGCUUUGGCAGUCCUGCCCUCAGUCUGCUGCGCUGAGUAAAUGCUGAACACUGUAACUCUCCCAUAGAAGCUCCAUCAUCAUUACCAUCACCAUCCAAGUCCAACUUUCCAGCUGAAUGUUAUGUGUUUAUUAUCAUGUACAUUUAUGCUUGUGUGCAAAGGCUUGUGUUCCCUUUAAGAGUUUCUGGUUGAGAAAAUGUAUUUCUACAAAACCAAUAACAUGAUGAGGAUGAUGAUGAUGAUUAUUGUUGUUGUGGUUGUUGUUAAGUAUAUGAUGAAUCUUAAUCCCUAAUUAAUAAGAAUAAGUAUUAUUGGAUUUUUUUUGUGCUGUCUUUUAAUAAUGAAAUGGUUAUGUUUCCUCAGGCAUUGUAACAAUCCUAUAUAUAUAUAAAGUAGAUAGACAGACA